AUGAUACAUUUGUAUGUUCUAGAGGAAAAUGUAAAAGCUUUGUUUUGCUUACAGAAACUUCUUAUAGCUGCAAGGGAGGGGAAUAUAAAAGAGGUAGAAUUAUGUUUAAAGAACAGAGCUAACUUGGAAUGUAGUGAUCGUAUAUAUGAAAGGACACCAUUAAUGUUGGCGGCUGAGGGAGGACACCUGGAAGUGGUGACUUUCCUAGUCACUCACGGCAGUCAGUUAGAAGUUACAGACAGGGAUGGAUGGACACCAUUAAUGUUGGCGGCUGAGGGAGGACACCUGGAAGUGGUGACUUACCUAGUCACUCACGGCAGUCAGUUAGAAGCUACAUCCUUGUAUGGAAGGACACCAUUAAUGUGGGCGGCUCGGGGAGGACACCUGGAGGUGGUGACUUACCUAGUCACUCACGGCAGUCAGUUAGAAGUUACAGACAGGUAUGGACGAACAGCUUUACAUUAUGCUGCUGAGUAUAGACAGAUUGAUGUAACAAAAUGUUUAAUAGAUCAAGGAUGCAGUCCUUGGGUGAAAACAUUGGAGGUAACAUUCAGUUUUAUUCUUAUUAGAUAG